UGGAUUCCUUUGUUAUUUCUUUUCAUGGUUAAAUAUAAAGUUGUAUAUACGUUUAAUUGAACAAGUAAAGUUUUCUGGGUCACGAGAUUCUUCUUGGCGAUUCCUUGGUUGGUAUGUUGUUCAACAAUGUCAAAGUUAUUGGAGGCGUAGUAGAUAUGCACAUACCUAAAAUUCAAAGGCGUUAAUUUCUUCUGGAAGAAUAUUUUGGAAGCAAGGACAUUUAUUUAACUGUUAGUAUAUUGCAUAAUGAGACGGGAAAAUUUCACUCUUAAUAAUAACUAAAUGUUGAUAAUAUUUAGAUAAGUUCCUCGCUAAUAUGCUUAACCAUUAUGGUAAUAUUUGGUAGUGAGGAAGUCAUGCACGGAAGGUAAUUAUUGUUGUUUUUGGGUGCAUUGGGUUGCAUUGCAUUCUGUAAAAGUCGCAAUAUUCUUUCAAGCCCAGAUUUUUCACGCGAUAAUUAUUAUUGCUGCAAUUUAAACGCAACUCUUGACCUUUAGGCGGUGACGUGUUUUGCAUUAUAGAUAAGCCUAGUUUUAGGGUGAUGUGAUACGAAGUAUCGAUAUUUACGUAUUUAUCGCUGAUAAAUACGAUAUGGACACAUGUGCCUGUGCGACACGCGUUAUUUUUUUGCAUCUGAUUACAUAAAUAGUGUAAGUCGUAGAUUAGAGGAAAUCUGAGAGCUAGAAUUUAACUUUAUUGUUGGCCCAAUUAUGUCAUAAAAUAAAGUGAGCUUAUCCAUGUUUUGAUAAGAAAUUAUUCGAUGUUGAAACAAAUACCGAUGAAUAGAAUACCUACUUUACAAGUCAUGUGCGCUGGACACAUCCCUCCUUCACAAACACUUGGACAAGAUAUUAAAUACGUAUAUACGUGAGACACGAUUGACGAUGACGAUUGAUAAGUCAACAUGAGGGAUUCUCUCUUCUCACCCUAAUUUAAAAAUAUCAUGAAUCAAUAUAGGAAGCAUUUUUCUCUGUUUGUCUGACUGAACUGCGCGACAGAAGCCAAGCCAGUCAAGCAAAUCUCAUGGAUUUUUUUUUUCGUUCCGCAAUUUUUUAACUUAUCUUAUCAAAAUGUGUGAUCAAUGGAUUUCAAGAGGAGAACAUACAUAAGCAAGCAAAAAGUGGGGAUCUUCAUCACGCAAAUAUCAAUACAUACGUACGCUAUAGUGACGAGUGAAUUGAGAGUUGAGAUAUAAAUUUUACACUGAAAGCAAGUUAACAUUGAGAGGAAACUUGAGACAAAAAUAAACUAGUGAUAUACGAAAUGAAUGCCUUGAGCAUUUUUACCGUGGAUCGCGUCUGCGACCUCGUUCGUGGCGCUGGACUCGUUACCGGUCAUGUCGUCGGACAAGCGCUUUCAAUCAGCAUUUUCCGCGGAUCAAACUUUCUCGAUUCUGAAACGCAAGCCUUAAGUGAAGCCUUUGGUCGCGCAGUUCCUAUCGUUCUUGCCGAGAAAAUUCAUCCCACUUUGGCCGAAACGUUGCUCCAGUCCACGUUUAUGGAGCCAUGGUGUCUGUCAAAGAUUAAACCUAUGCUCCGCGUUUAUCAGAGGAAUCGUCCCCGAGUGGAAAUCCGUCAUACCGCAGAUCCUGAAGAAGUGUGCCGAAUUUUCGGAGAGAUUGGGGCCUUCGAUGGAAAUCGGAGGAUUGCAUUUUUGACGCAUGGAUUCAUCCACGACAUUGACAUCUACUGGUUGAAGGAUAUGAAGAACGAAAUGUUGGCGCAGGAAGAUAUGGUCGUCGUGAUGGUGGGAUGGGGAGGAGGAUCCAAUAUUGGGGUUGAUCGAUAUGACUUGGCCUCAAGAAAUAUUGAAGUUGUUGGAUGCUGGCUGGGAAAUUACUUGCGACAGAUGAAACGUGUAAAUCCCGAGGUUCAACUAUGGGGCAUAGGUCACUCGUUAGGAGCACACUUGAUGGGAUUCGCAGGAAAGUGCAGUCGUUCUUUUGACCGCAUCACUGGACUGGAUCCUGCCGGUCCAAACUUUGAAAGAGAAUCCUUUGGUUGUGUUCGCCUUACAGCGAAUGACGCUCCGAUAGUUGACUGUAUUCACACCGACGGCUAUGCAGCCCCCAUGACGCUUCAAGCCCUCACUUCACCCACCAACCACUUUGGAACUCUAGUGCCAAUGGGAACCGUUGACUUUUAUCCCAACUUUGGUCACAGUCAGCCAGGCUGUGUCAAUUUCUCUGUAAUCGGAAGUCACAACCGUUCCUUCGAACUUUUCACGGAAUCGAUCUCAAAGCCUGGAAGAUUUUAUACAAAUAUGAAACUCGUCAAAGAACCGACAUUCAUGGACAUCAGUGAAGAAGUGAAGCAUGAGGGUCCCGAAGUCGAAAUGGGUUUCCACUGCCGAGGCGAAGCCAAGGGGGCCUUCUUUAUCGAAGUUGACCAGGAAGACUUUGGCAUCACGUACAUGUUUGGAAUUCCAUAAGAAAGUGGAAAACUGCCUAAGAAAUUUCGCAUAUCUCAAAGAUUUUGAAAACCGUUUAUUGCAUUGUUGGGGCCUUCAACGGGUAAAGAAAGAGACGUAUUUUUUACUCCGCAGGGCAAAGUAUGAACUAAAGUUGUGUCAGAUAAGAAGAUAUCAUUUGAUAUGUGUCUCGAUCGCAAGUAUUUAAAAAAAAUCCAGUAAUGUUUUCUUAAUACUAUUCAAAUAUCUCAGUAAGAAUGCAUAUUCUAAAUACGUGAUGUAUUACCAAAAGUUUUAUACACGACUUGUUUACAUUAUAUUACAAUUUAUUUACAUUAGGAUAAGGUACGUGUGGUGCGUUUGUUAGUUGGUAAAUUAUUUUUUGUGUUUGGAAUUUGUGUACAAUUUAGUUUUUAAAAUAUUGCAAUAUUUAUGUUUGUGUUCAGCACAAUUUUGUUUGCAUAGUGCAAAAUACUAGCCAAGAUGAUAAUAAUGGUGCAUAUUAUCUCCUAUUUACUUUAAUUCCUGCUUGUUAAGUUUGUUUGUAUAUUCAAACAACGAGUCAUUUUUGCAUAAUCUCAUUCAAAGUUCUUGUCCGAGGGGAGGAGUGGAAAGGAAAUUGUUACCUUCUUUGUUGUUACUACUUGUUACUACUUAUUUUUUGGUGCAUAGUUAACAUGUAUACUUGUAAUUAAUAGAAAUGAAAUACGGGAUCGCAAUAUAUUUAAUUUCCCGUUUCGAAACUACGCUCGCGCUGUAUACGCAUAAUUGUAAACAAACAAUAAAUAUUUUUAACCGUUCGAAAGUUAAGGUUAAGGUUCGAAAGUUAAGUUCGAUGGCAUUCGAAAGUUAAGUUAUUUACGUGCGUGUAGAUUAAGGAGUUUGACCAGGUGUGUGGCGUUGAACGGGUGGGGAUGACAAUAUUUAUGAACAAAAUUUAGGAAUUUUUGGUACCUAAUGUCAUUUUUGACUGUAAGUAAACGAAAAAUAUGUAUAUGAAUAUUAUUAAAAUCACAAAAUUAUAAAAGUAGAAAAGGAAUUUCGAGAAAUAAAUAUUUAAAUUGAA